AUGCAGACGAGGCACGACGCCCCACAGGCGAGCCACGCCAACCGCACAGUCUGCCGCUGCUGCCUCUCCUCAAAGCAGGCUGCGAUGGGUGCCGCCCCACGCACCCUCGCGGCGAGACGCGACUCACACUCCGUCCAUUCUCCCCCUCCGCAGCGGAGAACCAAAAGAAUCCUCCUCGUGCACUACCUGCGCCUCUCGCAGAAACAAAAAGAGGAAUGGGGGCAUGUCAGCAAUGCAGCCAGCAGCGGCAGCAAACACAACACGCAGCGACAGCGGCUGGCACGGCGCAAACCAAAAGUGAGCCGCAAGGAUUUGCCAAGCAAAAAAGAAGCCCAGAAAAAAACAUAG